AUGCGUGGUGUGCUUCUCACCAAGUCGGUGUGGCAUGUGGUUAACCGGGAGAACUCUCCAGCGUUUAUGGAGCCAUGGGCGGCGGAAGAAUACGUCAAGACGAGCAACAUCACGUUUGGUUUGAUGUUGCUCCACAUGGGUGCGGAUUAUCACCAUGUGGUCGACGACUGUAAGGAAGCGUGGGUUGCGUGGUCACGCCUCAAGUCUUUAUACGGUGGAUCGCAGAAGACCGGACGGAUUGACCUUAAGCGUCAGCUGUCCAGCAUGAAGAUGGCUGAAGGUGGUAACGUCUUGCAUCACUGCACUGAUAUGUUGAACAUCGGCGCCAAGAUAGAAGACAAAGAAGACAUCGCGAUCUGCUUGUCGCUCAGUCUCCCGAAGAGUUUUAAGAACGUGGACACAGAGUGGAUCGCUGCUGGACGAAGCAGAAGAAUGAAGGUCGAGGAGCCCGACACAGCGGCAAUGGCCAGCUACACUUUCCAGUUUGGCCGUUCGCAAUGGUGGCGAAAUUUAGUUGCUGAUGGUAACAAGGUGGCCAUCAAGGGUGUGGGAGCCAUCAUUGAGAAGGUGGUUCUGCCAAAUGGUGAAGAGCGUGAAAUUGAGAUCAAGAACGCUUUUUAUGUGCCCAGCAUGAGCAGGAAUCUGCUCUCGGUGCCCCAGGUCAACAAGCAUGAUCUUGUGGAUGGAAUUUACUGGCUUUGCACGGCACGUCCAUUGGCAAAUACAGCGACAAGUCAAAAAGGUGCUGACUUGCAUGCACGUACGGGUCAUGCUCCAGUCGACGUGCUUUGCAAGAUGGUCUCCAACAACAUGAUCAAAGAUGUGGGAGUACCUCUCAAGUCAAGUGGAUCAGGUAGAUGUCGGGGAUGUCAUCAAGGGAACAUGGUCCAAAGCCCAUUCCCAAGCAAUCGUGACAAGCGAAGUAAGGACACGUUUGAGUUGCUGCACUUCGACAUCUGUGGCCCCAUGGAGCAAGAUUCACUGUGCGGCAGCAAAUACCUGCUGUUAAUCGUGAAUGAGGCGAGUGGAUGUAUGAAGGGAUUCUGCUUACGCAUGAAGUCGGAAAGCGGAGCCUGCAUUCGGAAGUGUAUCACGAUGGUGCAGACGCAGUUCGGCAAGAAGGUCAAGUUUGUGCGCCAAGACGGAGCUCGCGAGUUUGCUACGAACUCGCUUCAAGAUUUCUACGAGAAUGAAGGCAUUGAACAACAGACUACGGUGCCGUAUGCACACCAGACCAACGGAACAGCAGAGCGCGCCAUUCGGAUCGUCACGAUCGGCCGCAGCAUGCUUCACCGUGCCAAGUUGGACAAGUUCUUCUGGGCUGAAGCAGCAAUGACGGCCAUCUACGUCAAGAAUUGCCUACCGUCACCCAAAGUUGUGCACAAGAUCCCGUUUGAGAUCGUGUACAACUCCAAGCCAAGUGUCAAGCACAUGCGAGUAUUCGGCUGUCAGACAUUUAUACUGACUCCGAAGGAGAAGCGACUCAAGUGGGAUCCCAAGACUCGUGCUGGAAUCUUUUUGGCUACGAAGAAGAAUCCAAGCUAUAGCGUGUAUUUGACAUUGAGGCGGGCCAGGUUGUUGUCAAUUGGGAUGUCAACUUCGACGAGUCAAGUUUUGGACUUUCGCCACCAGUUGAAGAUAGCGUCGUCAAUGACUUGGAUUUUGACUCGCUUGGUCUUGAUGAUGAAGGUAUGCGUCAAAUGGAGUAUCAGCAAACUGGUAAGCGAAAGAAUCGUUCCAGCGAUGAAGAUGCGGCUGAUCGGUCACCACGUACUGUACGUCAACGGCCUGGAUUGGACAUAA